AUGUGGACAGCGGGGAGGUUGUUUUGCAAAGAGGGAGGGAGGGGCUUCCUGUUUGGGAACCCCCCCCUCAAUCCUGCCCGUGGAAAUAAAGAUGGGAGGAGGAAGAAGAAGAAGGCAAAGAAGUUUCUUUGGAGAGAUGAUAGCGGGGGUGUCUGGUUGGGAUUGAGGCGCGCGCCCCUCCUCCCCAUCUCCUUUGCUGGCUCUUCGGCGCAGCCUUGGCCAUCCUGGCGCCCACCCCAGCGUCCUCAGCAGCUGGGGGGCGCCAGGUUGGCAGCUCUGGGAGGAGAGAAACCAGAUGGUUUUAAUUUUGCUGUUGUUGUUUCGCCCCCCCCCGGAGGGAGGGAGCCUCCCCUCCUCUCCCAACAUCCUUCCUGAUUUUCCUCCCUUCCCUUAACCCAACAAUCUCCCUUCUCUCUCUCUCUCUCUGCACCCAGCCUGAGAGAGCCAGGUGGUGGUUGCUUUGCAAAACACUGCAGAAUUAUGUUUCCAAGGUUCUCGGAAGGCUCCACAAAAUGCUUUCCCUCCCCCUCCCUAUUCUCCCUUCAUCCAGGUUUCCUGUCCAGCCCUCGCCUUUGUUCUCGCUGCUCCUGCGCAGCGUUCGGUUCCCCGGCCUUGAGUGCGAGUUCUGCGACACCCAGGAGCGCGGCUCUUGCACCCGGGUUCCGCUUGCUGGUUUGGCACAAGGACUUGGUUGGCUGCUGCAAAGGCAACAUGCUGGAUUAAGGCCCUUUAAAAAUGUCUCCUAGAAGUGGAGAUAGUUGGAUUGUCUUCUGUUGUGUAUUUUGUGUCUUCUAUAUUGUAAUUUUUGUUGGGAACCGAUUUGAGAUCUGCAGGUAUAGGCCAGUAUACAAAUAAUAAUAAUAAUAAAUAAUGAGCCCCUUUGGCAUGAUCUAACAGCCUCUCCUUAGGCUCUAGUCCAGCCUUUCUCAACUUGUGGGUCCCCAAAUGUUGAACUACAACUCCCAUCACCCCUAGCAAGCAAGGCCAGAGCUCAGGGAUGAUGGGAGUCGUAGUCCAACAACAUCUGGGGACCCGCAGGUUGAGAACCGCUGCUCUAGUCAUGGAAUUGUAGAGUUGGAAAGGAGUUUAAGCAUCGCGAUAGCUCAGUCGGUAGAGCAUGAGACUCCUAAUCUCAGGGUAGUGGGUUCGAGUCCCAUGUUGGGCAAAAGACUCCAGCAUUGCAGGGGGCUGGACUAGAUGACCUUUGGGGGGUCCCUUCCGACGCUACAAUUCUGUGAUUCUAUAAGGAGAGCCUGCUGGAUGAGGCCAGUGGCCCGCCUAGUCCAGCAUCCUGCCUUCGCGGUGGCCAAACAGAUGCCCCCAACGGGAAAGCAGCAAGCAGGAUUCGAACACAGUAGCCACUCUCCCUUCCUGUGGCUUCUAGCAACUGGGAUUCAGAAACAGUGCUGCCUCUGACUGUGGAGGCAGAACACAACCAUCCUGGCUAGUAGCCAACAAUAGCUUUCUCCUGCAUGAGCCUGUCUAAUCCUCUUUUAAAACCAUUCAAUUUGGUGUCCAUCCUGUGGCAGGGAGUUCCAAAGUUUAUAUGCCGCACGAAGAAGGGCUUUUGUUUUAUCUGUGUACUGUAGUGUGUAAAGUGAUUUAGAGAGAGGUCUCUGCUCUCUAGGAAGUUACCAUCUGAACACUGUAAACACUGGCUAGGGGGAGUGUAUUAUGGUUUGUAUGUCGGACUGGGACCUGGGAGAGAGCCGGGUUCAAAUCCUGCCUCAGCCCUCAAGCUCGCUUGCUGACCUUGGGCCAGUCACUGUCCCUCAGCCUAUCCUACCUCGCAGAAUUGUGGGGAUGGAAGAGGGGGAGAACCAUGUACUCCACCUUGAUUUCCUUGGAGGAAAAGGGUGAGAAUUAAUGCAAUUAAUAAAUAAAUGCUGCUUUGGUGCUGUCAGAGGACGCAAAUAUACCAGGGGGAAUGAAGCAGGAGAUGGGAUACAGCAUGUAGAGCAUGAGACACUCACGGUCUUGGGUUCGAGUCCUACAUGGGGCAAAAAGAUUCCUGCAUUGCCGGGGGUUGGACUACAUGACCCUGGGUCCCUUCUGACUCUACAUGAUUUUAUGUGUGUUUGAGCUUUGCCAGGAGGGAGAGGAAGGGGUUGAUUAGAGAGCAUCUGAGCUGCGGACUCUGAAAGAUACAGGAUUCCUGGGUGGCUUUUGCAAGAGGGCGAAAAGCCGGGGGUUUUGUGGCUUCUCUCAAGGGUGAGAAAACACCCUCUUGGUGAAUUGUGGGGCACUGGUUUUUUUUUAUCUUAAGGGAGUGGAAAACAGGCUCUCUUGCCAGCUGCUUGGGUUUGCUGGAAAGCCGCCUCCAUCUUUCCGCGGGGAAACCCAGCCUCUCCCUUCCCAACCCAGAACCCAGCGCAGACAUCCAGGCACACCCAAAGGUCACUGGGAUUUUCAGGGAGAGCAGACUGGAUCCCACGCGGUCUGCGGAGCUUGGAAGCGCCGCCUGGAAACAGGAGGCCUGAAUCGUCCAACACACACCCCCUCCAGCAACAAUCCCUGCUUUGGAACAAAAUAAACACAAGCCCCAAACUCUUAAGUGCCACCCAGUUUUAGGGCAGGGAGAAGACUCUGAGCUGUUGGUUUGCCAGUGAGAGGAGCUUGCCAAAAAAACCCCCUAUUUUUAAGAGGGUAGCUGCUGUCAUGUGGUUUUUUAGCAAGGCUUUGUUUUCUUCCUCCCCCAAGCCGCUUGGGUGCAGGAGAAAGAUCAAGGCAGACUUUGUUUUCGCAAGGGGAGAGAUCGAUGGGGAGGCAAUCUGGGAGCCAGGACUCUUGGGUGAGGAGGAACAAGGGUGUGUGUGUGUGUGUGUGUGUGUGUGUGUGUGUGUGUCAGGACUCCUGGGUUCUUCGGAGAGGGCAGGAGGGUUUUGAGGCUGAAAGUUCGGCUCAGAGGCCUGGCAAGGAGUCGGGGAUUGCCUCUCCUGCUGCUGCUCCUGCCCUCCCCAUGAUGAGUCUGUGUGGGCUUGAGGAGCGGGGUGGGAAAGGAGAGAUCCAGUUUCACUUGGAUCAUGUGUCUCUCGCUUAGGCAAGAGGAGUGGGCGCCAUUUCUGGAAAGCCGGACUCAGGGACGGGCAUAAAGUGAGUAAUGCCUGGAGGCUUCUGAGUUUGGUUCUCCUUAAGACUUAUGUGUUUGUGUGUCUUUGCACGCAAUGCCUUGCACGGUUGCACAAAUCUGCGUGUGGCCUCUGGCAUUUGGGCCGGAGGGUCUGGUGACUUUUAAACUGUUUCCCAAUUCCCUCUGGGUACACGAUUUGUGUUAUGUGACACUUUAUGUGUGUGUUUGUGUGUUGAUGGCUAUCAUGUGUUUUCACUUCUGGGUGCGCUUGGGAGACUGGUGUGUGUGUGUGUGUGUGUGCAGGUUUCUGUACUCUGGUGUAUCACAGAAUUGCAGAGUGGGGAGGGACCCCCCAAAGCACAUCUAUCCCAACCCCCUUUAGUGGCAGGAAUCGCUGCUAAAGAAAUCCUGACUCGGACAGAGAGAAAAUGAGAACGCUGUGCACUUAAUUCCUCUUCUUUGGUGUUUUUGACACCGUUGCGAUUGUGCGAAUUUGAUUCUCUGUGUGCGCGCUUUGGCACGGGUUGUGCGCGUGCGAAUUGCCACCCAAAGCUUCUGUGUUUUCUUGUGCGUUUAAAAACUGUGCAGUUCCACCGGUGAAGCGUUUCUCACCUGCCACAGCCAGGAAUUCCGCACACCUGUUGGAUUUCAGCUUGCCUGCUAGCUGUUCAAAAGCUUGGGAGCCUUGCCAAUGAGAGAGGUGGCAAUUGUGUGUCUCCCUUUUUGCUUUCCUGUUGUUGCUUUUUGUAAAUACCUUUUGUUUGGCUUCCUGGAGACAGGCCCCAGCUCUACAUUGUGAUGAAGAAUGAAUGCAAAAGGGCAAGAGAGGGCGGCCAAAAGGGGUGCCUCUGUGCCAACUAAGUUUACCCGCUUGUGUGCCAGUCGGAGAGGAGGCUGUGUGUGUUUGUUUGAAUCUAGGAGAACAGCCCUCCUUGCUUCGCUGCAGCAACAGAGAGUCACCUCUCUCCAAAUGACAAAGCUCAGGUGUACAAGGAUAAGCGGGACAUCCGUAUGGGUGCAGAUUUUGAAAAGUGGGUGGCACAAAUCCAGUAUCACUCAUCACAAGGCGGUUAUUUCUCCUUUAACCCCCUUUUAAGACCUGUGUAGGGACGCGGGUGGCGCUGUGGGUUAAACCACAGAGCCUAGGACUUGCCAAUCAGAAGGUCGGCGGUUCGAAUCCCCACAAUGAUGGGGUGAGCUCCCAUUGCUCGGUCCCUGCUCCUGCCAACCUAGCAGUUCGAAAGCACACCAGUGCAAGUAGAUCAAUAGGUACCGCUCUGGUGGGAAGGUAAACGGCGUUUCCGUGCGCUGCUCUGGUUUGCCAGAAGCGGCUUCUUAGUCCUGCUGGCCACAUGACCCGGAAGCUGGACGCCGGCUCCCUCGGCCAGUAAAGCGAGAUGAGCGCCGCAACCCCAGAGUCAGCCACGACUGGACCUAACGGUCAGGGGUCCCUUUACCUUUUAAGACCUGUGUCAAUCGAGGUUCUGGAGACCAAGCCUUAUGAGCAGGCACCCCCAACCUUCGGCCCUCCAGAUGUUUUGGACUACAAUUCCCAUCAUCCCUGAGCACUGGUCCUGUUCAUUAGGGAUCAUGGGAGUUGUAGGCCAAAAUGUCUGGAGGGCCGAAGGUUGGGGGUGCCUGCUUAUGAGGAACGGUCGAGGGAAUCGGGUAUGUUUAGCCUGGAGGAGAGGAGACUGGGAGAUGAUGUGAUAGCCAGCUUCAAACAUCUAACAGGGAAAGGUGGAGCACGCUUGUUUUCUCCUGCUGUGGAGUCUAGGACCUCCAGUGGAUUCAAGUUACCCAGAACACACAUUAGGAAUAACUUUCUGAGGGUGAGAACAGUUCGACAGGGAUUGUUUUAAAAGAGAGUUUGGACAGCUACCUUUCAGGGAGUCUUUUAACUACGAUUCCAGUGUUGCCGGGGGGGGGGGGUUCCCUUCUAUGAAUCAGGGCGGUAAAAAAGGUGAUUUUUUAUUUUUAUUAUUAUUUUUUACAUGAUCUUUAAUUUUUAGUUGCAUGCUAUACAUACACAUAGGGAUGCAGGUGGCGCUGUGGGUUAAACCACAGAGCCUACGACUUGCCGAUCAGAAGGUCGGCGGUUCGAAUCCCCAUUACGGGGUGAGCUCCCGUUGUUCGGUCCCUGCUCCUGCCAACCUAGCAGUUCGAAAGCACGUCAAAGUGCAAGUAGAUCAAUAGGUACUGCUGAGACGGGAAAGUAAACGGCGUUUCCGUGCACUGCUCUGGUUCACCAGAAGCGGCUUAGUCCUGCUGGCCACAUGACCUGGAAGCUGAAUGCCGGCUCCCUCGGCCAGGAAUUCGUUCCGGAGGUCCGUUCUUAACCUGAAACUGUUCUUAACCUGAAGCAACACUUUAGCUAAUGGGGCCUCCUCCUGCCGCCAGAGCAUGAUUUCUGUUCUCACCCUGAAGCAAAGUUCUUAACCCGAGGUACUAUUUCUGGGUUAGCGGCGUAUGUAACCUGAAGCGUAUGUAACCUGAAGCGUAUGUAACCCGAGGUACCACUGUAUUCCAUAACCUUGUACUGCAAAAAAAGGUGAUUUUUAAAAUCCAAACGCCCUGUGCUCUGUUCAGGCAUAUUUGAGACGUCUUGGACUGAUUUGCACCUCCUUCUCUUGAAAAACCAUCCAUUUUUUCUCAUCAUCUCCCUGCCUCCACCCAAACAGCCGAGGCCAGACCUCCUAAUAUUUUACAGAUCUGUUUGCUGUGCUAGCGACCAAUAAUCCUUCUGUCUCGAAAUGAUCCCUUUCUCUUGCUAUUUCCUUGCAGGGACGUCCAAAUGGAAGGCAGUCGCCGCUGCUGAUCACAAAGGCACCGGAAGCGGGGUCGUCAUUCACCCCACGUCCCUCGCCAGACGGAUACAAAAAUGGCGGCUCCAGGUCUGGUCUGGCCUCUCAUCCCUGCCUUACCUUGCUUUUUAAUUACCUUGCUAAAUUACGGAGCAAACGAAGGCGCCGUUCCCCACAUAAGUAUCAACUUGCACGUAUAUUUUGGGCGGGGAGGAGUCCUUACGCGAGGGGAGUAUAUUUAAAGUUAAAUCCAACCCAGCUGUUUUGCAAACUCGCUCUUUUCAGAGGAUGCAAAGUGGAUUUCAGCCCUCGGGAAAUCUAUAUAUUGGCCUCCGAUAAGGCAGUUAAUUUUGCACGAUGCAAGCAGUUGCACAGCCAAACGGCAGAAAGCUUGCUUGGAUGCGUUUGAUUUCUUUGCGUAAACUGACCUCGUAGCUAGGCGGUCGAUAACGUGCUUCCAGGAUCUCGCCUCGAUUACAUCGUCCGCACGGACAAAAAUCGGAACGCAACGCUGAAGAUUAUUGUGUGUCUGUUUAAUACUGCUUCGAUCUCUCUCUCUUCUAGAAUUGUGCAGGUGAAACUCGAAAAAUUAGAAUAUCACAAUAAUAUUUAUUAUUCUUCAUACAAAGACAUAACAAAAGAAAGAGUUAACAAUAAUAAAAAAGAAUAAAACAAAGAGAAAAAAAGAAUAUAAAACAUAAAAUACAUCAAAUCACCACAUAAACUAAAAGUUAGUUAAUUAAUUAAAAUCCAUCUUCAUAGACAUAUUACUUGACUUCCUCAAGUCUCUUCCAUCUGAAUUUCUUAGUAAUCGUAUAUAGCAGUUUCCAAUAUCAUUAUUUCAUAAAACCAUAUCACAGUCAAAAUCAUGUUUCCUAACUUUUCUUAUCGUACAUUUUCUUAUUUAUUUAUUUAAUCCCAAUUUAGUCCUAAGCCUAAUUGAUUCUUUCAAGUGAUUACAUAUCUUUAAUAUUGCAAGAAAAAUUAGAAUAUCGCGGAAAAGUUCAUUUAUUUCGGUAAUUCAACUUAAAAGGCGAAACUAAUAUAUGAGAUAGACUCACGACAUGCAAAGCGAGAUAUGUCAAGCCUUUAUUUGUUAUAAUUGCGAUGAACCCAUCGCAGGUGUUAUGGAUUGAAUAGCUACUGCACCUUUUCACAAUAGUCUAAUUUUCUGAGAUUGUUAAUUUGGGGUUUUCAUCAGCUGUACACCAUAAUCAUCACAAUUGUAACAAAUAAAGGCUUGACGUAUCUCGCUUUGCAUGUCAUGGGUCUAUCUCAUAUAUUAGUUUCGCCUUUUAAGUUGAAUUACCGAAAUAAAUGAACUUUUCCACGAUGUUCUAAUUUUCCGAGUUUCACCUGUAGAGUUGGCAAGGAUACCAGGCGUGGGGUAUAAAUUAAACACACACAGUUGGGCCUUGGAAGCCAACGCCUUGGCACUUGAACGCUUUGACUCCCGAGUGCCGCAAACCCGGAAGUGAUUGUUCCAGUUUGCGAAUGUUCUUUUGGAACCCAAACGUCUGACACAGGUUCCGCAGCUUCCGAUUGGCUGCAGGAGCUUCCUGCAGCCAAUCAGAAGCUGCGCUUUGGUUUCCGAACGUUUUGGAAGUUGAACGGACUUCCGGAAUGGAGUCUGUUUGACUUCCAAGGUACCACUGUAUAUAUAUACAUACAUAUAUAUAUAUAUAUAUAUAUACACACACACACACACACCGUAUUUUUCGCUCUGUAAGAUGCACCAGACCACAAGACGCACCUAGUUUUUGGAGGAGGAAAACAAGGGAAAAAAAUAUUCUGAAUCUCAGAAGCCAGAACAGCAAGAGGGAUCGCUGCGCAGUGAAAGCAACAACCCCUCUUGCUGUUCUGGCUUCUGGGAUAGCUGCGCAGCCUGCAUUCACUUCAUAAGACACACACACAUUUCCCCUUACUUUUUAGGAGGGAAAAAGUGAGUCUUAUAGAGCAAAAAAUACGGUACACACACACACACACACACACACACACACACACACACAAUCUAGUCCAACCCCCUGCAAUGCAGGAAUCUUUUGCCUAGUGUAGGAUUCGAACGCAUGACCCUUAGGUUAAGAGACUCACACUCAACCGACUGAGCGAUCCAGCCUCAUCCAUACCUCCCUUCUUCUCCAAAAAUGGAUAAAAGACCAUUUUAAAAAAAAAAAAGUUAGUUGAUCCUUUGGCUUAACGGUUUGCUGGGGGCAGGGGCUGCUAUUAUUUCCACAGACAGACACACAUUUCCCCUCCGACAAUUAACUUGCAAUAUUUAAUUCACUGAGCUUGGUGGCAGAGCACCUACUUUUUGCAGGCAGGGUUUGGGAAAGACCCCUUUGUCCGAAAUGCUUGAGACACCUGUUGCCGGUUAGGGGAGACCACCGUUCCCCAACCUGGUGCCCUCCCUAUGCGGUGCAGAGAGAUGUAGCCCCACAACUUCUGGGGGGCGUCAAGUCUGAUUGACAUAUGGCCUCAAGGGGGGAGGAGCCAGCUGGGCCCCAGGGUCUCAUGUGGCUGCAGCUCAAACCCUGGCAAUCAGCUGACCGUUGAAAUGGGUCACAUGACCUCAGCUCACCUCUGGGCCAGAUCCAGAUCCCAGAGCUGGAUCCGUGGUCUGGCUCAGAGGCAGCAGUGCUUCUGAAUGCCAGUCGCUGGUAAACACAGUGUCGGUCCUGUGUUCAAAUCCUGCUGGAGGGUUUCCCAUAAGUGUUGGCCACUGUGGGAACAGGUUGCUGGACUAGACAGGCCAUUGGUCUCAUCCAGUAGGCCAUUCUUAUGCUCCUACAGUCUGCGAGAGCCAGGGGGGGGUGUAGGGGUUUAGUGUGUCCAACCAGGACCUGGGAGAGCAGGGUUCAAAUCCUCUUCAGGGAUCUCUGACUGACCUCGGGAUCCGGUCAGCUGCCUAGCCCACCUCGCAGGUUUGUUGUGGGGUUUAAAUGAGGAUCAUUUCUGUCACCUUGAGCUUCUUGGAGGAAGAGUCGAGAUAAUAGAGAAAUAAUAUGUAAGGCAGUGAGAGAUUUUACUUUCUUGGGCUCCAUGAUCACUGCAGAUGGUGACAGCAGUCACGAAAUUAAAAGACGCCUGCUUCUUGGGAGAAAAGCAAUGACCAACCUAGACAGCAUCUUAAAAGCAGAGACAUCACCUUGCCGACAAAGGUCCGUAUAGUUAAAGCUCUGGUUUUCCCAGUAGUGAUGUAUGGAAGUGAGAGCUGGACCAUAAAGAAGGCUGAUCGCCGAAGAAUGGAUGCUUUUGAAUUCUGGUGCUGGAGGAGACUCUGGAGAGUCCCAUGGACUGCAAGAAGAUCAAACCUCUCCAUUCUGAAGGAAAUCAGCCCUGAGUGCUCACUGGAAGGACAGAUCCUGAAGCUGAGGCUCCAAGACUUUGGCCACCUCCUGAGAAGAGAAGACUCCCUGGAAAAGACCCUGAUGUUGGGAAAGAUGGAGGGUGCAAGGAGAAGGGGAUGACAGAGGAUGAGAUGGUUGGAUAGUGUUCUCGGAGCUACCAGCAUGAGUUUGACCAAACUGUGGGAGGCAGUGGAAGACAGGUCCUUUCUGGACCCCCUGCUCUGGUCCAGGGGGUCACAAAGAGGCGGACACGACUAAACGACUAACCAACAACAAAAUAUGUAAGGCAGCAAAAUCAUGCGUUCGAAAAUGGAACCAGAUGAGGGUUGGACUAGAUGUCCUUUGGAGGGUCCUGUCCAACUCAAACCAAAAAUCACCUCUGAAUCUGCAGUCUUGGCUGCUUCUCCUCCAAGGAGCGUCAAGGUUGCCACAUGCUGAUUCCUACAAUAUGCAAAUGGCAUGUUCUCUCUCUUCGCCUGUCUUAAUCGUCUUUGCCCUUUCGGUCUUUAUGCCAAUCCUGCGACAGUCUUUGUACAGUGGUACCUUGGUGCUCAAACUUAACCCGUUCCUGGAAGUCCGUUCCAAAACCAAAGCACUCAAUUACCCAUAGAAAGUCACGCAAAACAAAUUAAUCCACUCCGGACAUUUAAAAACAACCCCUAAAACAGCAAUUUAGCAUGAAUUUUACUAUCUAAUGAGACCGUUGCUCCACAAAAUGAAAGCAAUAAUCAAUGGACUGUACUAUAAAACAAAAAGACAGUAUUGUAGAUGAUUAAAAAAACAAAUUCCUCCCCUGCACUGAUGAUAGUCAUUGUUUGCAUGGGGGGGCUUUUAUCCAUUUCCGAAGUCUCAUACUCAGUCCACUGAAUGUUGGAAGAUUUGGGGCAGAGGAAAUAAAGUUCAGGCAGAUGGAACUGUGGAACUCCCUGCCACAGGAUACAGCAAUGUCUACCAACUAGGAUGGCUAUAAAAGAGAAUUAAAUCAAUUCAUGGAGGAGGAAAGGGUUAUCGAUGGCUACUAGCCAGGAUGGCUGUAUUCUGCCUUUGCAGUUGGAGGCUGUAAAUGCAUCCGAAAACCAGUUCCUGGAAACCUCAGGAGGGGAGAGCAGGUCUUGUGUUCGAAUCCUAUUGCGGGUUUCCCAGAAGAGGCAUCUGCGUGGCCCCCUGGGGUAACUGAAAGCUGGGCUGGCUGGCCUGAUCCAGGAAGCUCUUAUCCUGUUCAGUGGGCGAGGAAGAGAAAAGAAAAGAGGGAUUUGGAGAGAAACCGGAGAGGCGGAACUUGAGAUUCCUGUCUCUGCUGCAGACAUGGGCAUCGGGGCAUGAAAAGAGGCGCCGCUGCAGCCCCACCCAAGUCAGCUGCGAUGUUUGCCACCCCUUUCCCUGGGGCAGGGCAAGGCCUAUUGUGAUGGGGCAUGGCUGGAAUGCGGCUGGGCAGGAUUGGAGCGCGGGGGGCUGCGUCACUGUCUGCUCCCCCCUGGCUAUUUUAACUUACCUGAGACGCCUGCAAGUCGCCUUCUCUUUUUUAUAAUAUUUUUUAUUAAUGUUAACAUAUAAAUUAUAAAAUGUACCACAAAUCUUAUCACUUAUACAAUCUUUUUAGACUUCGAUCAGCACCUCUGAUGAUCCACCGUUUAAAUCCACUUCUUAUGCAUUUCUUAACUUUAUAUUGCCUUUACAUCUCUUAACAAAUCAUCCUCCCCCUUCUCCAUUUUUGCAAUACUUCCAAUAAUACUCCUCACAAAACUUCUUGCGACCCUACAAACGUCAUCUGUUCUUCACAAUUACUUUUCAAAUAGUCCGUAAAUUUACUCCAGUCCGUAAAUUUACUCAAGUCGCCUUCUCAGUGCUGGAUUUCGGUAUAAGCUAAACAAGCUAUAGUUUAGGGCCCCCCUCUCUUUGGGGCCCCCCAAAAAAUCUAAAGGGGGGGAAAAAACCCUGGAUGUACAUUUCCAAAAUUUAAGAUGAAAAACAAAUGAAAUAUAAACCUACCUACAGCAAUAGUGUUUUGUGUUGUGUAGGCUCCUAUGAUAUAAGUCAUGGGCCUCGCCUGCUCCCUAAAAUAUCACUGGUUUGCUCCUUUCUAUAUAUAGGGUAGGGAUGCGGGUGGCGCUGUGGGUUAAACCACAGAGCCUAGGACUUGCCGAUCAGAAGGUCGGCGGUUCGAAUCCCCGCGACGGGCUGAGCUCCUGUUGCUCGGUCCCUGCUCCUGCCAACCUAGCAGUUUGAAAGCACGUCAAAGUGCAAGUAGAUCUAUAGGUACCUCUCCGGCGGGAAGGUAAACAGCGUUUCCGUGCGCUGCUCUGGUUCGCCAGAAGCGGCUUAGUCAUGGUGGCCACAUGACCUGGAAGCUGUACGCCGGCUCCCUCGGCCAGUAAAGCGAGAUGAGUGCCGCAACCCCAGAGUCGGCCACGACUGGACCUAACGGUCAGGGGUCCCUUUAUCUUUAAACAAGCUAUAGUUUAGGGCCCCACUCUCUUGGGGGGGCCCAAAAAAAUUAAAGGGAAAUCCCCCCCCCAAAAAAAUGUAAGAUAAAAAACAAAUUAAAUAAAACCUACCUACAGCAACAGUGUUUUGUGUUGUGUAGGCUCCUAGGGUGUAAGUCAUGAGCCCCGCCUGCUCCCUAAAAUAUCACUGGUUUUCUCCUUUCUAUUAUAGGGUGCCUACAUUCUGCAUGGACUGGUUGCGUGGCAACAUGGGCAAAUGUCUUGAGAUACCUAUGUGGUCCAUCAAUUACCAUAGAGCAUAUAUUCAACACAAAAAAGUGAAAAUUUGUUGUUGACAAAGGGCAGCUGGACAUAUAAAGGCCCCAUUACCUUCAGUAGCUCAGGGCAUGGGUAGGCAAACUAAGGCCCAGGGGCCGGAUCCGGCCCAAUCGCCUUCUAAAUCUGGCCCGUGGACGGUCUGGGAAUCAGCAUGUUUUUACAUGAGUAGAAUGUGUCCUUUUAUUUAAAAUGCAUCUCUGGGUUAUUUGUGGGGCAAAUGAAUUCAUUCUCCCCCCCAAAAAAAUAUAGUCCGGCCCCCCCACAAGGUCUGAGGGACAGUGGACCGGCUCCCUGCAAAAAAAGUUUGCUGACCCCUGGCUUAGGGGCUCAUCAAACCUAAAUCUGGCCCUGGGCGGAACGACGCAGGUGCCCCCACUGGACUUUGCCCUCCACCCCAAAAUAGCUGCCCAAAGAACACGCAAUAGCAUCCUGAACACUCCUUUUUAUUAAAGAAAAAUAUUUUAAGCUCAUGACCUGUUCUCACUUCCUCCCUGGCCGUGACUCCUCCCUGCUUUCCAUUUGCAGUUUCCUUUUUCUUUGUUUUCAGCUUUCUCCUCCCUGCCAUUUCUGUGUAUUUCCUCCUCCUAACACGCGUCAACUCCUCCGAUCGCUCUUUCAGGAGCUCCCGCAAAACCUUUCCUUUUGCCCCCUCCCCAGCCCAGCUCCCGUCAGACCUGGAACCCCCAGUUUCAGCUAGGAAGUUGCAAGCCGUUUAAAGACAUUUUUGAAAAAAAUAAGGGAAAACGAAAAAGUCACAGAAGCGUGCUUUCAAGUUCUCCAUAAAUUAUCUGGGAAAUUCUAAAGCUUGCCCCCCUUUUUGUGGCUUCUCAGGUUGACCCUAAUAAAGGUAUUACCCAACUGUGGAGCUUAGAAUAUUCUUCUUAUAGACACAGCUAUGGUUAGCUUUUUAUAAUACACAUCUUUCUGCGGGAAUAUUUACUUAUUUUUGGUUGGUUUAAGGGGGCACUGAGGUGCUGUGGUUUUUGUGAUUUUUUACACCUCUCCAUUUUUCACAUUCUGUAUUUCCUUCUUUUUAUAUAAUUUUUAUUAAAUUUUCUGUUUUACAAUUUAAAGGUAUCAGUGACUUCCCUUCUCUUUCCAUGGUUCAUUUUACCUAUCACAAAUCCCUGCAUAUUUGACAAAAACUAUACCAUUCAGUAUUCCAUUAUUGCAUCCAUCAAAACUUAUUUGCACUGUUGAAUUUAUCUUAAUGCUGCCCGCAUUAAUAUAUUUCCCAUAUAUUCAAUAAACGUUUUCCAAUCUUCUUUAAAUGUAUGUUCUUGUUCUCUUAUUCUAUACGUUAAGUCCGCAAGCUGCGCAUAUUCCAUAAGUUUAAGUUGCCGUUCUUCUUUGGCAGGGACCUCGCUCGUUUUCCAUUUUGGGGCUAACAAAACACGGGCUGCAGUAGCGUACAUAAAUAACCUUUAAUAAUAUUGUUUAUUGAAUAUAUGGGGGGAGAUUGUGUAGAUUUGAAAACCCUGGCAGCAUCAAGAUAAAUCCAGCAGUGUAAAUAAGUUUUGGUGGAAUUACAGUGGUGCCUCGCAAGACGAAAUCAAUCCGUUCCGCGAGUCUCUUCGUCUUGCGGUUUUUUCGUCUUGCGAAGCACGGCUAUUAGCGGCUUAGCGGCUAUUAACGGCUUAGCGGCUUUAAGAAAAAGGAAACAAACUCGCAAGAACUCACAAGACGUUUCGUCUUGCGAAGCAAGCCCAUAGGGAAAUUCGUCUUGCGGAACGACUCAAAAAACGGAAAACUCUUUCGUCUUGCGUGGCAUUCGUCUUGCGAGGUACCACUGUAAUAAUGGAAGACUGAAUGGUUUAGUUUUUUGUAAAAUAUGCAGGGAUUUGUGAUAUGCAAAAUGAACCAUGGAAAGAGAAGAGGUUUUGGGGUCACAGCUCUCCUUCUUUGAUGGAGGUUUUAAAGCUGGGGAUCCUUUAAGCUGCAAUUUCCGUCUCGCAGUGGGUUGCGCUCUUGUUGUUUAGUCAUUUAGUCGUGUCCGACUCUUUCGUGACCCCCUGGACCAGAGCACGCCAGGCCCUCCUGUCUUCCACUGCCUCCCGCAGUUUGGUCAGACUCAUGCUGGUCGCUUCCAGAACACUGUCCCACCAUCUCGUCCUCUAUCAUCCCCUUCUCCUUGUGCCCUCCAUCUUUCCCAACAUCAGGGUCUUUUCCAGGGAGUCUUCUCUUUUCAUGAGGUGGCCAAAGUCUUGGAGCCUCAGCUUCAGGAUCUGUCCUUCUGGUGAGCACUCAGGGCUGAUUUCCUUCAGAAUGGAGAGGUUUGAUCUUCUUGCAGUCCAUGGGACUCUCAAGAGUCUCCUCCAGCACCAGAAUUCAAAAGCAUCCAUUCUUUGGCCAUCAGCCUUCUUUGUGGUCCAGCUCUCACUUCCAUACAUCACUACUGGGAAAACCACAGCUUUUACUAUAUGGACCUUUGUUGGCAAGGUGAUGUCUCUGCUUUUUAAGAUGCUGUCUAGGUUUGUCAUCGCUUUUCUCCCAAGAAGCAGGCGUCUCUUAAUUUCGUGGCUGCUGUCACCAUCUGCAGUGAUCAUGGAGCCCAAGAAAGUAAAAUCUCUCACUGCCUCCAUUUCUUCCUUCUAUUGGCCAGGAGGUGAUGGGCCCAGUGGCCAUGAUCUUAGUUUUUUUGAUGUUGAGCUUCAGACCAUAUUUUGCGCUCUCCUCUUUCACCCUCAUUAAAAGGUUCUUUAGUUCCUCCUCACUGCGUUAGAGGUGGCCAACUCCGAAGAGACUGUGAUCUACUCACAAAGUUAAAAACUGGCAGUAAUCUAUUCCCCUUUUUGAAGUCCAGGAAGGAAAGCCCUGUUUUUUAGGGGUUCAAGUCAAAGUUGUUGAACUUUUUUUACCACGUUUAUUUGGGGUGCAGGGCAAAACUGUUGAGCUUUUUUUAGGGGGGCAAAGUUGUAGAGCUUCUUUGCAGGGAGCCAGUGAUCUACCAGUGAUCCACCACAGACGUCCAGUGAUCUACCGGUAGAUCACGCUCUACCUGUUGGAUGUGGGCGAUCGCUUCCUGGGCCACGGUUCUGGGAUUCCUAGCUGAAAGGCUACAAUUGUUUUAUAAUUCUUACUAAAUUUUCUGUUUUACAAAUCAGGAUAUUCAUUUAAACCAGGCUUCCUCAACCUCAGCCCUCCAGAUGUUUUGAGACUACAAUUCCCAUCGUCCCUGACCACUGGUUCUGCUAGCUAGGGAUGAUGGGAGUUGUAGUCCCAAAACAUCUGGAGGGCCGAGGUUGAGGAAGCCUGGUUUAAAUGAAUGUCCUAAUUAAUUUAAUAAGAAUUCUAAAACAACAACAACAUAACAUUUGUUUCUUAAAGGCACAGUAAUGUUUAUUUUUUUAAAGGAUUUGCGGGUGCAGAUGAGUCUUAAACAAUCUCUCUCUCUCUCUCUCCCUCUCUCUCUCCCCCCAUCCCAUAGGGUACCAUGUUCCACAACCCGGAUAUCCCACUGCAUCUCCCCCAUACCCCAUACACCAACCUCACCCUGUCCCCACGGCGCCGAGCCCUGGGUUCAACGUCUAUCCAGCCGGCAGCCCUCCAGCGGGGCAAAUAAUUCCCCCCCAGCCGCCUCCUCGUGCCUUUCGGGAUCACGCCGCGACGCCCCACCACCACCAAGCUCCGGACCCCCAUGCGGGCAUCACCCCCUAUCUGCCCGUGGCCAGCAGCAUCCCUCCCGGCCUUGAGUACCUGGCGCAGGUAAGGGUCCAUAUCCCAGCCGCCGGGCCUCGCGCUUUUCCCUGCCUUCACCCUCCGGCUUCUCCGGCCAAAAGGAUCUUGAGCAGCUUGAGAGGGAUGGCUCACACCCUUCUUCCGCUUCAUGUGCCUGUGGAACUACCCGCCACAGGAGGCAAGGACGGCUUUGAAAGAGGAUGGGACAAAUUCGUGGAGGUGGAGGAGAGGGCUAUCGGUGGCUACGCUCAGGUCUCCGUGGGCCCAGGCAGAGAUGGAAGGGUCAUCUAGUCCAACCCAAUCUUUUCCUCGAACCCACGACCCCGAGAUUACUUUUGCUUUCAAACCUUUUAUUGGCAUCGCAUCCAAAACAAAUUGCCACUUCCCCAGUGGUGCAAAACAUUUGCUAAAAGAAAAAAGGAGGCAGAGCUAUCUAUCGCCACAUCUUUGUCUCCAGGGAGGUCAGACGUCUGCGGUGUAUUUCGAUGACAAAAAACCAAAUAGAGAUAUUUAGCCACUAACUCGGUGAGCUCCUGAUCAUUCCCCAGUAAUAGGAAAUGUAUGACCUCCGUCUCUGGUUUCCAUUUGGGGAUACAGAGUUGAUCUAGGAAUUGCUGGCGGAGAUCAGCGUAUAGUCUGUGUUAGAAUGCUUUACACAGGCGCAGGUUAAUUCUGUGUCCAGGGCGGCUGUCUGCCAGCUCCAUCUGGUACACAGGAUGAGACCCUCCCUGCCCGCUGUCUGUCUGGCCAGAGUGGUGCAUGCUCUGGUUAUCUCCCGCUUGGACUACUGCCAUGCACUCUACGUGGGGCUACCUUUGAAGGUGACUCGGAAACUGCAACUAAUCCAGAAUGCGGCAGGUAGACUGGGGACUGGGAGCGGCCGCCGGGACCACAUAACACCGGUCCUGAAAGACCUCCAUUGCCUCCCAGUAUGUUUCCGAGCACAAUUCAAAGUGUUGGUGCUGACCUUGAAAGCCCUAAAUGGCCUCAAAGGCCCAGUAGACCUGAAGGAGCGUCUCCACCCCCAUCAUUCAGCCUGGACACUGAGGUCCAGCUCCGAGGGCCUUCUGGCGGUUCCCUCCCUGCGAGAAGUGAGGUUACAGGGAACCAGGCAGAGGGCCUUCUUGGUGGUGGCGCCCGCCCUGUGGAACACUCUCCCAGCAGAUGUCAAGGAAAUAAGCAGCUAUCCUAUCUUCAAAAGACAUCUGAAGGCAGUUUUUAAUAUUUAAUGCUGUAUUGUUUUUAACACUCAAUUGGGAGCCGCCCAGAGUGGCUGGGGAAGCUCAGCCAGAUGGGCAGGGUAUAAAUUUAUUAUUAUUAUUAUUAUUAUUAUUAUUAUUAUUAUUAUUACAUGUGACUGUCAGGCAUAGAGAAAAUGAGGCAGAGAUGCUUGUGGGAUGGAUCAGAAAUCAUGUGAUUGACCCAAACCCAGUCAAAGCAAUGUUUUCACCGCCGACACAGCGGCUCGCUUCAUUUUUCGUAAUUCCUCAUAGCAGUCCUACAUGACCACUACACAAACAGGUCACACCUGCUCUUGAAGGUGGAGGCUCAGGUGUGGCCCCUUUUGAAAGCUGCCAGGUGAGGUCGGCUGAGCUGAACCGUGUCUCUAAAUCGGGGAGUGUCCGGGUUCAGAAAUGACAAGGGAGUCCAUCUUUUCAGGCUUAGAAAUGCCAUAUGUUUAAAUCGCUAGGAUACCUCUUUAAACAGACACGGCUUCCCCCGUUAAAUUCUGGGAGCUAUAGUUUCAUUGGGGGUGCUGGUGUAGGUAGGAGACCUCCCUGUUCCCCUUCGAACAGCUACAGUUCCCAGAGUGGUACCGUCUUCCAUUUUUCUUCCCAGGGAACUCAGGGAAUUCUAGCUCUCUGAGGGGAAUGGGGGUGCCUCAAAAAACUAUAAUUCCCAGACUAUAUUUUGGGGGAAGCCAUGAUGGUUAAAACUUUAAAUGCUUUAAAUGCAUGUGGUCUAUGUUGUGGAUUAUUUUCUUUUUUUUAGAUGAGGGGGAGACACACAAUUUUUAUUUUUUUUACUGAUUUUUGUGGCCUCUGUCUCCUCAGGUUGACCAAAUUUUGAUACACCAGAAAGUGGAGCUCGUGGAAGGUGAGAGACAAAUGGUGGAGGAGAUGUUGGCGUUCAGAGUCCACCAGAAAGUGGUUUCCUAAAUCUGGACCAAAGUUUUGUUUUUGAAGCUUAUGCACAGAGGGCCUGCCCUCUAGUUUGAGAUUUGGGUGCUGUGGCGGUUUGAUUCAGAUGCUGGCGCUGAGUGCAGGAGCCGUGGAAAAGGCAAACUUCCAAGUUAGGGGUCGUUAGGAAAGGGACCGGAGAAUAAAACCGUCCGUUUAUUAAUUGUUUAUUUCAUUCCGCAUGGGACUUGCUUCCUAUAAAGUACCUCAGAGUGAUUCCACAAUCAAUACCAAUUUUUUAAAAACCCUCCACAAUGAAAAAACAAUUACAAAAAAAAAACACCACAUGUAAAGCAAUCCCACGACUUACCGGAAGAAUAAAAAAUCAAGACAACAAACUUUUCAUAAAAGAGUGGAAAUGGUUUAUUGAGUAUUUACAGAUAAAUUGCAAACAGAUUAAAAACACUGGUAUUGUUAUUGUAAUAACCUGCAGUUACACAAGAGUGUAUAUUUAAAGUAGAUAAUUAAAUGAGCAAAUUAACUGAAUUUGGAUAUGCAGAAGAUAUUUAAAAAAUAAAUUUAAGGUGGAAAGGAAGGGGAAGGAAGUCAGACUUUGAAAUGUUAAAAUGAUUGUGAAAUUAAUGACAUGUAUAAACCUGAAAAGUAUAAAUAAAAACUUAAUAAAAUAAAAUCCUCACUUGGCCACAAAGCUCAUUAGUGAGCCUUGGAACUCCCUGCCACUUGAUAUCAGAAAGGCGCCUUCGCUGUGCUCUUUUCGGCACCUGCUAAAAAUGUUCUUGGUUAAACAAAACCAGUUGCUUAGAAAUGCUGUUGUGAAUUUUAAUCUUAGUCUGUUGCUGUUUGAGCUUUCCAAAAGUCUCAAAUUAUUUCCAUUAAUUUUUCGUAUUGAUCGAUGAUUAUUUGGAAACCACUUUGGAACCGCAGAAAGAGGGGGAAGGAAGUCAAGUUUUAAAAGUGUCAAAAUGAUUGUAAAAUCAGUGAAAUGUAUAGAUCUGAAAAGCAUAUAUAAAUAAAAAAGAAAAGAGGUUGCCGUGGAAGGCCGUCGAUGGUGGCGCAUGAGUCCACCCGGCCUGUCGCAUCACCGUAAGUGACGCCAUUUCUUCCCUCUCUUUCCCUCCCCAGCGUUCAUAGGCUUUGAAGGCAACAACAAGUACGAAGUGCGCAACAGCCUAGGCCAGCACAUCUUCCACGCCCAGGAGCAGAACGACUGCUGCACGCGGAACUGUUGCGGAUCCCUGCGGCGCUUUUCCAUGCGGCUGGACGACCCGGCGGGACGGGAGGUCCUGCGCAUGGUGCGCCCCCUUAAAUGCGUCAGCUGCUGGUUCCCUUGUUGCCUUCAGGAGGUGAGCAGUGCGCCUCCUGGUCCAUGCCGUGUGUGGUUCUGGUCGCCUCGCCUCCAGAUACAGUCAUACCUCGGGUUACAGAUGCUUCAGGUUGCGUUUUUUCGGGUUACGGACCGCUGGAAGUACCGGAAGGGGUUACUUCCGGGUUUCGGCAGUCGUGCAUGCGCAGAAGCGCCGAAUCGCAACCCGCGUGUGCGCAGACGUGCCGCUGCGGGUUGCGAAUGUGCAUCCUGCACGGAUCACGUUCACAACCGGAGCAUCCACUGUAUUGUUUUUGUUUAAUUUUUUUAAAGAUACAGUAAUAUCCCUAUGGGACACGGGUGGCGCUGUGGGUUAAACCACAGAGCCUAGGGCUUGCUGAUCAGAAGGUCGGCGGUUCGAAUCCCCGCGACGGGGUGAGCUCCCGUUGCUCGGUCCCUGCUCCUGCCAACCUAGCAGUUCGAAAGCACGUCAAAGUGCAAGUAGAUCAAUAGGUACCGCUCCGACGGGAAGGUAAAAGGCGUUUCCGUGCACUGCUCUGGUUUGCCAGAAGCGGCUUAGUCCUGCUGGCCACAUGACCCGGAAACUGUACGCCGGGUGCUUCAGCCAAUAAAGCGAGAUGAGCGCCACAACCCCAGAGUCGGCCACAACCGGACCUAAUGGUCAGGGGUCCCUUUACCUUUAAUAUCCCUAUGCCUGAGUAUCACCACUCUCUCCCUCCUCUAUUUCCCACUGUUAUCUGCCUUGUCACUUAGAUAUUUGUUCCACAUUUCUUCGUAUUUCUCCAUUCUUAUUUUGCGCCAACAAGCAAUUUUUCGUACGUAGCUAAUCUGUCCAUAUUAUCAAUCCAUAUGCGCAGUGGAAUCUCUUUGCGACUCUUCCAGUUCAUCCAAACAAGGGGGUUUUUUUGCUUCUAAUAUAGCGCGAUACAACGACUUUCUUUGGCCCCUCGAGAUCUUCCAAGCUUCCGGAAUAUAAUUUAGAAUUUAGAGGAUGUUGUUAAAAGAGUUGGGAAGGGUUCAGAAAAGGGCAAAAUGAUCAAAAGGAGAGAGGGACUCACUUACGAGUUUGCAAUGUUUGGGACUUUUUGGUUUGGGGAAAAGGCGAGUACAGUGGUACCUUGGUUCUCAAACGCACCAUAUUCUUCGCUCCAUAAGAUGCACCUGACCAUAAGACGCGCCUAGUUUUUAGAAGGGGAAUGCAAGAAAAAUAUUUUUUUUAAGGGAGCGCUGAGCAGAGCAUGUGUAUCCCAGGCUCUGCUCAGCGCUCCCUUUCACGAGCCGCGUGGAGCGCGGCACUUGCAGGCUUUUCCCCAGGAAGGAGAAGGGCAGCCCGGGGAAAAUCCCCCAAGAGCAGCACGCUCUUUAAAGGGUGCGCGGCUCCUGCAGGCUUUUCUACAAGGUGGGAGAAGGGACUGAUGCGGCCAGUCAGUCCCUUCUUCCUCCCUCCCCCAAGAGCCGCGCGGAGCGUGUGUGCGGCUCUUGGGGGCUUUUCCCGCCUGCCUCCCGCCUGCCUUUGCUCCAUAAGACGCACACACAUUUCCCCUUACUUUUUAGGAGGGGAAAAGUGCCUCUUAUGGAGCAAAAAAUACGGUAAUCCGUUCCGGGAGUCUGUUCCAAAACCAAAGCGUUCCAAAACCAAGACACUCAAUUACCCAUAGAAAGUACAGUGGUACCUCUAGAUACGAAUCUAGAAGCAUCUAGAAGCAAACAUAACUAGCAACAGCACGUCUGCGCAUGCGCGCGUUGCUUUUCGCCGCUUCUGCACAUGCGCAUGACGUCAUUUUGAGCGUCUCUACAUGCGCAAGCGGCGAAACCCAGAAGUUACUUCCGGGUUGCCGCAGAGCACAACUCGAACGCGCUCAACUCGAAGCGUAUUCAACACGAGGUAUGACUGUAAUGCAAAAUGGAUUGAUCCGUUCCAGACUUUUAAAAACAACCCCUAGAACAGCAAUUUAACACGCAAAACUGUUCUCUUCUCCUCGCAGCUGGAAGUUCAAUGUCCACCGGGCACCACCAUCGGGUACGUGGUUCAGACGUGGCACCCCUUCAACCCCAAGUUCUCCAUCCAGAACGUCGAGAAGGAGACAGUUCUUCGCGUUCUGGGGCCUUGCUUCGCCUGCAGCUGUGGCGGGGACGUCAACUUUGAGGUGCUCAUGGGAGCGGGAGGCAGUUUGGGAAAUUUCUACACACACACACACACAUCCCGAGAUUUACAUUGUUGGCGAAGGGCCCUUUGAAGGGCCCAACCGCUAAAUCAGCUGUGAGGUGGCAGCCAUGACAGCGAGUGACGUCCCGCAAGGCCGCCAUAUUGGUUGCCUUUGAUGCGGCCAUGACGGUUAGCCACAGAGGCUGAAGAAGUGGCGAAGCUUCACACAAAUUGGCCAAAAUGUAUACAGUGGUACCUCGGGUUAAGUACUUAAUUCGUUCCAGAGGUCCGUUUUUAACCUGAAACUGUUCUUAACCUGAAGCACCACUUUAGCUAAUGGGGCCUCCUGCUGCUGCUGCUGCACCGCCGGAGCCCGAUUUCUGUUCUCAUCCUGAAGCAAAGUUCUUAACCUGAAACACUAUUUCUGGGUUAGCUGAGUCUGUAACCUGGAAGCAUAUGUAACCUGAGGUACCACUGUACAUCACACCUCACGGUCCACUCAAGUGCAAAUGGCUUUUCGAGCUGUACUUAAAUUUUGGGCAAUCGUUCAUAAGGAUGCUCACUAUUCCAUAGCUGUCAACUUUUCCCUUUUCUUGCGAGGAAUCCUAUUCGGAAUAAGGGAAUUUCCCUUAAAAAAAGAGAAACGUUGACAGCUAUGCACUAUUCUUAUGUACGGGCCAAAUCUUCUUGCUCGCCCCACCACGUCUUUCUUCUCCAGAGGACGCACGGCUUCUGAGCAUGUGCAAAGUGCCCUUUGCCAACAAUGUAAAUCUCGGGAUGUUUGUGUGUUUGUGUGUGUGUUUGUGUGUGUGUGUGUGUGUGUGUGUGUGUGUGUGUAGGUAGGUAGUUCUGUCCCUAUAAUUCCCAAAAGAAAAGCUUCUGGUUGUUUUCUUUCCAAACAUUAUUUUGAAAAAUCUUUUUCAUUUUGUUGCAUAUCAUUUCCCAGUAAGCCUUAAUCUUACCGCAGGAACACCACAUAUGAUAAAAGGAAGCGUCUUUCUCUUCACAUUUCCAACAUUUAUUUGAUUUAGAUUUACAGUGGUACCUCGGGUUACAUACGCUUCAGGUUAGAGACUCUGCUAACCCAGAAAUAGUGUUUCAGGUUAAGAACUUUGCUUCAGGAUGAGAACAGAAAUCGUGCUCCGGCGGCGUGGCGGCAGCGGGAGGCUCCAUUAGCUAAAGUGGUGCUUCAGGUUAAGAACGGACCUCUGAAACGAAUGUAAGUUCU